AUGAGCCGGUCACCACUCCAUCCUAGUCCACUCCUGUCUGUGAGCUCCCAGGACGCCCCUGCCCGCCUGCCAACACAGCUGCCCCCUCUGCAGAAUCCCUCUUCCCACCCAUGGGCCUCUUGGUGUGGGCCUACCACCUGGGGUCUCAGCUGUCUUCUGGCUCUUCAGCAUUUCCUGGUCCUGGCAUCUCUGCUCUGUGCCUCCCACCUGCUACUGCUUCACAAUCUUCCCCCAGGAGGGCUCUCAUACUCACCUGCUCAGCUCCUGGCUUCCAGUUUCUUUUCCUGUGGUGUGUCUACGGUCCUGCAAACUUGGAUGGGCAGCAGGCUGCCUCUAGUCCAGGCUCCAUCUUUAGAAUUUCUUAUCCCUGCACUGGUGCUGACAAACCAGAAGCUACCUCUGACCACCAAGACACCUGGAAAUGGUGAGUACAGAGUAAAGGCAGCUUCCCUCUCCCUGCGCCUGUGUAGUUUGACAAGCUGCCAUGGCCUGGAGCUCUGGAACACUUCUCUCCGAGAGGUGUCGGGGGCAGUGGUGGUAUCCGGGCUGCUGCAGGGCACAAUAGGACUUCUAGGGGUGCCUGGCCGUGUGUUCCCCUACUGUGGGCCACUGGUGCUGGCUCCCAGCCUGGUUGUAGCAGGGCUCUCUGCCCACAAGGAGGUGGCACAGUUCUGUUCCGCUCACUGGGGCCUGGCUUUGCUGCUCAUCCUGCUCAUGGUGGUGUGUUCUCAGCACUUGGGUUCCUGCCAGGUACCGCUGUGCUCCUGGAGGCCAGCUUCAGCUUCUUCCACUCACAUUUAUCUUCCUGUCUUCCGACUUCUUUCGGUGCUUACCCCUGUGGCCUGUGUGUGGAUCAUCUCUGCCCUUCUGGGUCUGAGUGUUAACCCCCUGCAUCUGUCUGACUCCACUGAGGCACCAUGGUUUUGGCUGCCUCACCCAGGUGAGUGGGAUUGGCCCUUGUUGACACCUAAGGCCCUGGCUGCAGGCAUCUCCAUGGCUUUGGCAGCCUCCACCAGUUCCUUGGGUUGUUAUGCCCUGUGUGGCCAGCUGUUGCAUUUGUCUCCUCCACCGCCACAUGCCUGCAGUCGAGGGCUGAGCCUGGAGGGGCUGGGCAGUGUGCUGGCAGGGCUGCUGGGGAGCCCCCUGGGCACUGCAUCCAGCUUCCCUAAUGUAGGCACAAUGAGCCUUUUCCAGACUGGUUCACGGCGAGUAGCCCACCUAGUGGGGCUGUUCUGCAUGGGCCUUGGGUUCUCCCCAAGGCUGGCUCAGCUAUUCACCAACAUUCCACUGCCUGUGCUUGGUGGGGUACUGGGAGUGACCCAGGCGGUAGUUCUGUCUGCUGGAUUCUCUAGCUUCCACCUGGCUGACAUCGACUCAGGGAGAAAUGUCUUCAUCGUGGGAUUCUCCAUUUUUAUGGCCUUGCUCCUGCCAAGGUGGCUCCGGGAAGCCCCAGUCUUGCUCAACACAGGCUGGAGCCCCUUGGAUAUGUCCCUGCGUUCUUUGCUGGCAGAACCAAUUUUUCUAGCUGGUCUUUUGGGCUUUCUUCUAGAAAACACCAUUUCUGGUACUCGGGUUGAGCGAGGCCUAGGUCAAGGGCUGCCAACUUGUUUCACUGCCCAAGAAACGCAGAAGUCCAGGGAGAAUUCUGCUCAAGAGUAUGGGCUUCCAUCAGCCAUCAACAACCUGUGUUCCUGCAUCCCACAGCCUCUCCAUUGCCUCUGCCCAAUGCCUGAAGACCCUGAGGAUGAGGAAGGACGGCCCUCUAAAACAGGAGAGACAGCCAACUUGUUGCCUGACUCUGAGGAGUUAUGCCCUAUAGCUAACAGAGAAGGGUUUAGGUCCCAGUGAUUAGCCAAGAGCACCAUUUUUGUCUUUAUUAGUUUGGCAGUAACUCCCAGCUUGUUGGAGUCCUGCCUCCAAGGCAAUACUUUCUCCCAGUGAGGAAGUGUAUGUGGUCCACCUAGAUGCACCAUUUCCCAGUAGAAUGGGCUGCCUUUCCUCCUCUUUAUCAGGCUAACGUGUUCAGAUACUGGGGCCCUUGAUUUAGAGGGUGAA